AUGUCUGGGUACAAUACUCGCGAACGUCUGCUGCCCCGUGAGCAGGAAAUGGAGCUUACUCGGCAUCUCGUCCGAGAUGUUGUCGAUAUCGGAACCCAUACGAUUAAACCGAAGCAGUUCAAGACCGCAAGUAUCAUUGAGCUGCGUUCAAUUAACCGACGCAAUGUAUGCGAAGAUACUUUGGAUUUCCAGACAGGCUGUUUUGAUAAUGCUUCAAGCUCCUCGUCCUCCACCCGCGCGCCCGCAGCAGAAGAAGACAAUUGGGAGAUUCCAAUUUCUUGUUUUCAAGACUUUGCCACGCCUAUAAUCCCGAACGGGGUUGCCGAUGGUUCAGCAGCGGAAAGCAACAUAGCGAAUUCCGCACUUGCCCGUUCAGUGUACUCCUACGAAGGAUAUGGCUGGAGACAAAAGCAAUAUGUGCUAGUGGAAUGGCGGUUGCGAAGCCUUAGUGCCCAGAAUUCGGUUGACGAACAAGCCCAAGCGAAACGAUACCGUUAUUUCGCUCAACUUCUGCGGCGGACUUCUAUGAUUGGUGAAGUUUGCAUGCUACAUUGUUUGGGCUAUAGUUUGACGACAGGGCGACUGUCAGAUGGAACACAACACCCUGUUGUGGGAUUUGUGUAUGAGUUUCCGGGAUGGCUCAAAAGUACAGCCAGCGUCCUCACACUCGAAGAAAAGAUUGCCGGGCGCACCGGAACGUUCGCCCCGGUUACCCCUUUCCUAGAGAACCGAUUCCGUCUUGCUCAGAGAUUGUCCCUUGCACUACUCCAUCUACACUGUGCUGGAUGGAAGCAUCGCCAACUCUCCAGUGACAAUAUCAUAUUCUUUCGAGGUCCACACCAUCCCUGGCAUCCCAUAAGCAUACCGUACAUAGGCGGUUGGCAAUGCACUCCAGAUGACUACAGAAUGCAGGACGAUAAUCCGGGUAGUGAUGAGACGUUGACACGGUUCUGGCAAGGAGACGAUCUGAAGAAUUUUGCAGUCAUCCUAAUGGAAAUUGCACUCUGGAAAAGUCCUUGCGAAGCCUAUCGCAACGCUGUGAAGCGUAAUAGGCCAGGGCUGUCGAAAAACAACCGCGGGUACAACUUGGAGGGUCGAUGGGCUGUUACUAUGAGUAUGCCGUUGAGGAGUGUUUGA